GCAAUAAUACUUAUAGAAAAAUGUUGGAUGUUGAGAAAGGGUGGGAGGCUUUUAAUAAUUUUGAGAAUUAUUUGUUCAUACCAGAUUGUGAGGAUUUCCUUCAGUUCACAGGAAAAUGGAAUGUUAGGCAUCAAGCUGCAGUAGAUGCUGGGAUUUCAUAUUCUAACAGUCUCUUGGCGUUCAAGUUACUGCGGAAUUCCAACCUGUCUGCGCCUGUGCAGUCCCGAAUUUUAUCUAAAUUGAACACUGAAUUUAAAGACGACUGUUAUAACGUGCAUCUGAUUACAUACUUGAUCAGCAAAGAGACGCAAAACAAACAGAAUUUUAAAUCCGUUCCUAAACAGGUUAAUAGCGAGCAGUCACUAGGAUGCCUUCCGAUUGAAGAGAAGGUUGAUAUACCUAGAGAAACUGAUCCCCUGUAUUCAGAUGAAACUAUUAAACUAGAAUAUUAUAAUGUCGAGGAAGAAAUGGUUGAUAAUGAUAAGGAUGAGGGAAUAGGAGAAGAUGACAAAGAAACUGUUACUGUUAAUGAGGGUCAAGCUGGGAAUGACAAGAAGAAGGAGAACCCUCCUAGAACUAUAGAUCAGAGUGAUUCAGAAAAUGAAGGAGCGAAUGAAAAGAAAAAAGGAAAGAGGAAACUGUGUAAAACUCCAUGGGAGUACAGCGGUUCAGAUCCAUCUGAUGUUGAUGAACCCAUUAGUACCAUGCCUGAAGUCGCUAUGAAUCAUGAGAGGGCUUCAAUAUAUGACUCAUCAGCUCUUUCCGAAGAUAAAGAUUUCAGUCCAAUUAGCUUGGCGAGCAAUAUGGCUACUUCAAUACCUGAAAAUUCUGUUCGUGGGAAAGGGGAAAGGCUGUUUGAAAAGAGUGAAAAAAGACGAGAUGUGUUUAACACUUUAUUGGAGAGCAAUCAAGGCAUCUUAAAAGUACUGCACGGGAUGCAGAAAUUUAUCGCAAAGGAGUUCCAAAACAACAGGAUGUCAUUGCAACAAAAUCCUGUUACAGAAAAACCAUUUAAACAUGUUGAUACAGCAGACCAGUUAAAGAUAUUUGAGCUGAGGAUAGUAAACGAUCAGGAUUUUUUUAUGGCGGUAAAACAAUAUCUCAGUUGCAAAAUCAGUGGUUAUAGCAUCUAUAACGCCGCCUAUAAAAUACUUCCAGAGAUUAUCAGCGAUGUGUUUGCUAUGACUAUAAGCUGGGACAAGGGAAGUGGAAAGAAUGCGACAACUCGAAGUAUCCACCUAAAGCAUCAAUAUCCGCAUUUUGCAUCUAUGCUCAAGGAAGUGAUCUUCAGAAGCCAAAAAUUCGAGCUGGAAUUUGAGGCAUCCCCAAGAGCGGCGAAUACUAAUUUUAGUCAUGGGAUAGCUAAAUAUCUGAAAAAUCUUAGAAACAAGAAGGCUCUAAUCAAGGAGAAUGAGAACAAGAAGUUGAAGAAGAACAAGAUUCAACGAUCAGGUGUCCCGCGUACAGUUGGGGUUUCUAGUUGCAGACCUGGAACUAGCAAAGAGAUAGCUACACCAACAGCGAUGUACACAAUAAAGUUACCAAAUCACAAUGAUAUUGCAGCGUCCAGCAAAAUUGGUGAGAAGUCGUAUGAGGUCCCGAAACAGAACGAUAUUGCAGCGAAUGUCGAAAUUAGUGAGAAGUCAUAUGAGGUCCCGAAACAGAACGAUAUUGCAGUGAAAAUCGAAAUUGGUGAGAAGUCAUAUGAGGUUCCGAAACAGAACGAGGUUGGCGAGAAGUCAAAUGAGUCUGUGUACGACUAUGGUGGAGCGUCUGGCGAUAUGGGAUAUGCAGAAGCACAAGGACAGUCGCAACAGUUCCACUUUUCUCCAAUGGAUGUAAACAGAUAUCAUUAUAAUGAUAAGAGAAUAAGGUUGGAGACAGAGUUUCAAGGCGAAUAUCCAGAUAUUCACGGAAAUGAAUUUCAUGAUAUGGACACAGGCAAAGUAAGGAGGAAUAUGAAUGGAUCAGCACUGACUGGAAGAGCAGUAUUAAGUAGUGUUAUAAAUGGAAAUCAGUUUUAGUUCAGCACUUCACUACAGUCAGCAUCAACCUGAAUAUACAUCAAACACCUGCCGGCCUAUCCCCAUGAACUACAGAAUUAUACCGGGAUGUAUAUUUUUAAGAAAAAUUCAACCCUCGCUUUAUUGGGGUAAAUAAACAAAUUUUGAGUAAAAAAUUUUGAGAAAGGAUGAAAAAUCUGGUAUUUUCAGAUACAAUUCUUACAAAAAACAUGUCCCAGGGGAGGGGGUGGGUUAAUUCUUAAAAUAUACAUCCCACUUUGUAAUCGUUCAAUCAACUGUUCAUUAGUUUGGUCAUAUUUUUAAAAAUAAAUAUUUUUUCUAUAA